AUGCACCUGCCUCCCGCCACCACGGCGAAUGUAGCACUGCCUGCCUCCACUGUAAGCACAGCAGCAGCAGCCAACGUAAACCCUGGCCCGUCCUGCUCGCUGCUACUGCUUCAGCAAGCCGACCCUGCCGCCUUCACGUGUGAGGACUGCGAGUUGGAGAUCCGCAGUCGCGCCAAACUGCGCCGGCACAGGCGAUACUACUGUCCUUUUCGCGAAAACAUCUUCGCCGACCCAGUGAAGGACGCCGUGGACCUGUAUCGGACGCAGCAACAGCAGCAGGGACACCGACAGCGCUACAGCAGUGUUAGCAGCAGCGGCAGCAGCGAUGAAGUUGACCUCGCCGAAGAGGACACGCACAACGGUGACGGUGAUUGCAUCUCGUCAGUGGGUAGACCCUUCAGGCGACCUAGUCGCACGACAAGUUUGCCACUCGCGCUGACAGAGGGGGAGCGGCAUUAUCUCUCUCACGUCGCGGAACGAAGUGGGCUGAAGUUUGUCGAGGACGCGUACGCCAGCGACGAUAGCGCCGAGGGCGGCCUCCACGGCGUCAUGUUCUCCGACACCUCUUCAUCGUCCGCGUCGAGUCGAUCCCCUUGUCGGGCGACGAUGAUGCCACUGGUCCCACGGCAUCCGCGUAGUCCCGCAAGGGCACAUGGUGCUUUGUCGGCACCGAAACGCACCCCGCUGCACGGCCCCCUCCCGUCGCCAUCUUCCUCUUCCAACCAGCGGGUGUUGCACAGCUCACAGACUACUGCCUCUGCGUUGUCGCUUGUUCUGCCAAACACGUCUCCCCUGAUCCGCCAUGCCGGUGCCGUCGAUCGCCCCAUAAACGUGGGGGGCAGCACCCCUAGAAGUGAGAGCACCGCGGCAGAGGACGCGAAGGACGACGAUGAGGAUGAUACGAUUGGGGCGUGGACACCGGAGGAUCUUCUGCACCUGCAUCACUACCGACGGGGCAGUGGGCACCGGCGUGAGCGCCACAUCCUGCAGAAGCGGCUGCGUGCGCAGGAGGGGGCGUUGAUGGCGUUGGCCACCGAUUCGCCGCGCCGACAACCACGCAAGCCGCGUGUCGCUCGUGUAGGCGCAGUGCGGCACGGCAGCGACACAGCGGUGGGAGAGGCGGAGGCGACACGCCUCCAAGUAACUCCGUCUGCCAAUGUCGCGCACCCCAGCACCUCCACAGCUGCGGCAGCCUAUGCGUACGUGGGGCCUUCGCAGUCACUGCUCACUCCGCAGGUGGUGGCUCAGGCAGAGAGCCUGCUUGUUCUUAGUUGGCGCCGCCCGCGACGCGGGAAGGACGGUGCCGCGAACGCGUUUGUGUGCCCCUACUGCGCUGACUACACAGUGCUGGCCAGCCAGCGUGGGUUGCGGGCACAUGCGAUGCGGGUGCAUGCCGAGGAGGUGGCCAAGGUUCGCGCGCGCGUUGUAGCGACGGAGGCGGCACCGGUAGAGGAAGGUCGCGCACCCGAGUCAAGAGACGGCAAGGCGUCGCCUUGA